CUCAAUAACAUAUCAACAUUAGUCUAGUAAGCAUCCUAAUAUAGGAUCCGAUGUUGAAUUUGGGAAGAAAGUAACAAUAUCCGGCCUUUCGAUGCCUUGCGUUGCUCCUAGAAGCUUGUUUCGAAUCAAGCCCGACUCAUGGGCUUCAAGAACUUCCACUGUGUGCCGGAAGGCUACAGACCGGAUCGCAAAGAUCCCCGUGCUUCACGGUGUCUUCAAUGCACCUACAGAGCCUUACUCUGGGGUGGCAUGUUUGGCGCUAUGUAUGCUUCUCGCAGGCCGAGAGGCUUGAAGAAAUUGAUCAUAUCUGGUGGGCCGGCGAGUAUCCCCCUUCUGGAGAAAGGAUUCGAGGUGCUUAUUGCUGCCCUGCCCGAUGAUGUUCGCGAUACGCUUGAGGAUUGCAACAGACGCGGUGAUUAUCAGAGUCUUGAGUUCGAGAAAGCUGCUGCUGUGUUCUAUGCUCGGCAUGUUUGUCGCCUUGACCCGCCGCCUCCGGAAGUGCAGUGUGCGUUCAAGAACUUGAAAGAUGACCCGACUGCCUACUUGACUUUGCAAGGCCCAUCAGAGUUCGUCAUCAUCGGCUCGUUCAAAGAUUGGGAAGGGUGGAAAGAAGGUCGCAAGAUCGAUGUCCCGAUGCUGCUGCUUAAUGGGAAAUAUGAUGAAGCUACGGAUCUUUGUAUGGAACCAUGGUUUAGGACGAUCCCGAGGGUCAGAUGGCUGAUGCUUGAGAAUUCGAGUCAUAUAGGGCAUUUUAAAGAGCGGGAACGCUAUAUGCAAGUAUGCGGUGGGUUUCUUUUGAGUGAUUCUUGA